CUGGGAGCCGGGAAGACCCCCCGAACCGUUCCCAUUCAGCUGCCCUUCGUCUUCGCUUUCUUCACUUUUGCCUCUUCUGCGUUGCCAGCCAGCACCUGGUCUCAAAGCUGAGAGAAAGCCCGGGUCUAGGAGCGUGUCGCGCUCUGGUCCAGGAAGAUUCGCUGGGGUGGAGAGAAGGGGGAGGGCCCGGGCAAACAGUCGCUGCCUCAGCCGGGGCCGGGGUCCGGGGAGGGGAAGUUCCUGGCACCCCGUGGACUCGCGGCCUGCGGCCGUCCCCCCGGAGCUGUUGGCCCAUCGGGGCUCGCGGGAGCCUGCCACCGGCGCCUCCCACCGCGGCCCACGCGGGCGGCGCGCGGAGGAGGGGGCGGGGGCAGCGGCGGCUGUAGCGACCGCGACCUGGGCGGGCGGACUAGUGUGACGGGCCUCUGGGCCGCUGUGGAUGGUUUCUAAAAUGAUCAUUGAAAACUUCGAGGCCCUCAAGUCCUGGCUCAGCAAGACUCUCGAGCCCAUCUGUGAUGCAGAUCCAUCAGCCCUAGCAAAAUAUGUUCUCGCUUUGGUAAAGAAAGACAAAAGUGAAAAAGAAUUAAAGGCGUUAUGUAUUGAUCAACUGGAUGUAUUUCUUCAAAAAGAGACACAGAUAUUUGUGGAAAAACUUUUUGAUGCUGUGAAUACAAAGAGUUAUCUACCUCCUCCAGAGCAGCCAUCAUCAGGAAGCUUAAAGGUAGAAUUUUUUCAGCACCAAGAAAAAGAUAUAAAAAAAGAAGAGAUCACAAAAGAGGAAGAGCGAGAGAAGAAGUUUUCUAGAAGGCUAAAUCACAGUCCUCCUCAGUCAAGCUCCCGAUACAGAGAAAAUAGAAGUCGUGAUGAGAGGAAAAAAGAUGAUCGUUCUCGCAAAAGAGAUUAUGAUCGAAACCCUCCUCGAAGAGAUUCAUACAGAGACCGGUACAAUAGAAGACGAGGGCGAAGUCGCAGUUACAGCAGGAGUCGGAGUCGAAGUUGGAGUAAAGAGAGGCUUCGUGACAGGGAUAGAGAUAGAAGCAGGACUAGAAGCAGAAGCAGGACCCGAAGCAGGGAAAGGGAUCUGGUAAAACCUAAAUAUGACCUGGAUAGAGCAGAUGCAUUAGAAAACAAUUAUACUCCAGUCUCUUCGGUACCUAAUAUUUCAUCUGGCCACUACCCUGUACCUACUUUGAGCAGCACUAUUACAGUAAUUGCUCCUACUCAUCAUGGUAAUAAUACUACCGAAAGUUGGUCUGAAUUUCAUGAAGACCAAGUGGACCAUAACUCGUAUGUAAGACCACCAAUGCCAAAGAAACGGUGUAGAGACUAUGAUGAAAAGGGUUUCUGUAUGAGAGGAGACAUGUGCCCUUUUGAUCAUGGAAGUGACCCGGUAGUUGUAGAAGAUGUCAAUCUUCCUGGUAUGCUGCCUUUCCCAGCACAGCCUCCUGUUGUUGAAGGACCACCUCCUCCUGGACUCCCUCCACCACCACCAAUUCUUACACCCCCACCUGUGAAUCUGAGACCCCCAGUGCCACCGCCAGGCCCAUUACCACCCAGUCUACCACCUGUCACAGAUGAUAUUUCUUAUUCUUUGGUUUUGACAGGACCACCACCUCCACUUCCUCCUUUGCAACCAUCUGGCAUGGAUGCUCCCCCAAACUCUGCGACCAGCUCUGUUCCUACUGUGGUAACAACUGGCAUCCAUCACCAGCCUCCUCCUGCUCCACCCUCUCUUUUUACUGCAGUUUUUGUAUUACCAGAUACAUAUGACACAGAUGGCUACAAUCCUGAAGCCCCAAGCAUAACAAACACUUCCAGACCAAUGUAUCGACACAGAGUGCAUGCACAAAGGCCUAACUUGAUAGGACUAACAUCAGGGGAUAUGGAUUUGCCACCCAGAGAAAAGCCUCCUAAUAAAAGCAGUAUGAGGAUAGUAGUGGAUUCAGAGUCAAGGAAAAGAACCAUUGGUUCUGGGGAGCCUGGAGUUCCUACAAAGAAGACUUGGUUUGAUAAGCCAAAUUUUAAUAGAACAAACAGCCCAGGCUUCCAGAAAAAGGUUCAGUUUGGAAAUGAAAAUACCAAACUUGAACUUAGAAAAGUUCCUCCAGAAUUAAAUAAUAUCAGCAAACUUAAUGAGCAUUUUAGUCGAUUUGGAACCUUGGUUAACUUACAGGUUGCCUAUAAUGGUGAUCCUGAAGGUGCCCUUAUCCAAUUUGCAACAUAUGAAGAAGCAAAGAAAGCAAUAUCAAGUACAGAAGCAGUGCUAAAUAAUCGCUUUAUUAAGGUUUAUUGGCACAGAGAAGGAAGCACCCAGCAGUUACAAACUACUUCUCCAAAAGUAAUGCAGCCUUUAGUCCAGCAGCCCAUUUUGCCUGUUGUGAAGCAGUCAGUCAAAGAGCGGUUGGGUCCGGUACCUUCAAGUACUGUUGAACCAGCAGAAGCCCAGAGUGCCAGUUCAGAACUUCCUCAGAAUGUAACUAAGUUAUCUGUGAAGGACAGGUUGGGUUUUGUAUCAAAGCCAUCUGUUUCAGCAACUGAAAAGGUGUUGUCUACAUCUACUGGCCUAACAAAAACGGUGUAUAAUCCAGCUGCUUUGAAGGCUGCACAAAAAACCUUACUUGUUUCCACCUCUGCAGUUGAUAAUAAUGAAGCACAGAAAAAAAAACAGGAGGCACUGAAACUUCAGCAGGAUGUAAGGAAAAGAAAACAAGAAAUUUUAGAAAAGCACAUUGAAACACAGAAGAUGUUAAUUUCGAAACUGGAGAAAAACAAAGCAAUGAAGUCUGAAGAUAAAGCAGAAAUAAUGAAAACUUUAGAGAUUUUGACAAAAAAUAUUACCAAGUUGAAAGAUGAGGUCAAAGCUGCUUCUCCUGGACGCUGUCUUCCAAAAAGUAUAAAAACCAAGACUCAGAUGCAGAAAGAAUUACUUGACACAGAACUGGAUUUAUAUAAGAAGAUGCAAGCUGGAGAAGAAGUCACUGAACUUAGGAGAAAGUAUACCGAAUUACAGCUGGAGGCUGCGAAACGGGGGAUUCUCUCAUCUGGUCGUGGUAGAGGAAUUCAUUCAAGAGGUCGAGGGGCAGCUCACGGCCGAGGCAGGGGUCGAGGUCGAGGUCGAGGUGUGCCUGGUCAUGCUGUGGUGGAUCACCGUCCCAGGGCAUUGGAGAUUUCUGCAUUUACAGAGAGUGAUAGAGAAGAUCUUCUUCCUCAUUUUGCGCAAUAUGGUGAAAUUGAAGAUUGUCAGAUUGAUGACUCUUCACUUCAUGCAGUAAUUACAUUCAAGACACGAGCAGAAGCUGAAGCAGCUGCAGUUCAUGGAGCUCGUUUCAAAGGGCAGGAUCUAAAACUGGCUUGGAAUAAACCAAUAACUAAUAUUUCAGCUGUUGAAACAGAAGAAGUUGAACCUGAUGAAGAGGAAGUAUGUUUUUUUUCCACUUGUUUUUACCCUUAAAUGUUUACGUUUUUAUAUAAAAUGUGAUUUUAUGGCUGUGAUUUUAACAUAAAACUUUUAUUCCUGAGCCAUCUUCCAGGCAGGGGAUAUCAGAUAAAUGCAGACAACUUUAAAUUUUAUGUAUUAAUGAGAACUGUGGAUUGCUAAUCCAAAAAGAAUAUAUGAAAAUCAUAUAUAUACUCAGUUUUCAUUUACUCUUAGAAAACAUUAAUUAUUCAUUAGAUUUUUAUCCACAGGAAAUCUUGUGAUAUUUUAAGUUUUAGAGUAUAUACUCUCUUCAGUUGCUUUAUUAACAUUUCAGGUUUCAUUUUAAUUCAUACCAUUUUAGUUCAUUAGCAUGAAUGCCUGCUAUAUGGUAGAUACUGUGAUAGGCACAAAAAUGAAUAAGACACGGUCCCUGUUAUCAAGGAGCUUAUAAUAUGGAAGAGGGGGUGGUGACAGACACAUAAGAAACUAAUUAUAAUAAAAGGCAGACUGAUAUGGUAAAUAAAGAUUUGAACAAUAUGCUGUGGGAACCCAGAGGAAGGAGUGAUUGUUUCUUUCCAGAAGAAUCUUGAAGGAGGUGGUGGCAGUGGAGCUGAACCCUGAGUGAUAAAAAAACUUUUCAUAACCAAGAGCUGGGACUGGGAGUAUAGUUGAGAGAGGCAUUUUAAAUGGCAGAAGUAUAGGUGUGGAAGAGUAUAUUUUUUCUUGGGUAACAGCAGGUAGUCUGAUGGCUGAGAGGUGAGAGCAUGAAGAACAGUGAAGUGGAGAGCCCUUUGAAACCAAAAACCUAAAGAUAAGCAACUCUGUUUUGUUUAAUCAUGAAAUAAGCUGUAGGAAAAAGUUGAGGAAGUUAAGGAAUGAAAGGUAAGGUGGGGAAACUAAAUGGUUCCAUGUUUUACAUUGGUUAGAUUUUCAUAAUGGCACUUCAUUUUGUUUGAAGAGCAUUCAAGGCUGUUAUACAUAUCCAUAGUCAAAUGCAAGAAUAAAAUGUGUAUUUUGAAACUCAUAUACAUGAUUUGUCAUUUUAUAUUUUAGAUUAUACCUUUGUCCUUCCAUGAGUUUGAAUUGAAUGGGGAGAAAAGCAGGAGAGCUCCUGGUAUUAGUUUCAGGAAGAGUCUUUGGUGGAUGACUCAUUACUUCAAGAUGAUGAUGAAGAAGAAGAGGACAAUGAAUCUCGCUCUUGGAGAAGAUGAUUUGACUGAUCAUUGAUCUGCAUAUGAUAGAACUCUACCUGUGUUUCAUUAGUAUUAUCUAAUGUACUUUUACAUAUUUGUAAAAACAAUUUUUGGUAAAAUGUGAUGAAGAUGGAUUUCACAAAUAGACAAAAGAGAAGAAAACUACCUUCUGAAUCCUGUAUUUUGAAAGAUUGAUGUUUGAGUUUUAUUUCAGUAAACAAUUGGUAAAGACAUCACACUAGAAACAUAUGCAAUGUUUUUAUUACAUACUUCUACUGAACAUUACAGAAUUCUUUGGGUUCUUUGUAAUUUAAUGAAUAGGUCUGAAGACUUAAUGACCAAUACUUGUUAUAACUUAGAGGAUUUUGUUUUACUCCAAAUAAGGAAUGCAUUUGCAUUUAAGAUCUUAAUGAAUGUUUUCAAAAAUGAGUAGGUAACAUAGUACUCUAACUAAAGUCUCCAAGUUAUGUAUUCAUAAUAUUACAUAGUAGUAUGCUUAGGCUUUACUAUGUAUUAGCCUUUUGUUGGACUUGUGUAUGUAUUUUACAAUAUGGGUUUUAAUGAUAACGGUGUAUGACUGCUUUGCAUUUGAGUCCUUAUGCAUUCAGAUGUUAAAAAUAAAGUGGAAUGGUCUCUUGAAAAGAAAAGAAAAGAAAAAAGCAAUGACAAAAAAAAAAGACAAUGUUCCUUGAUUUAAAAAAAGAAAAAAAAAAAGGAAAAGAAAGUUAAAAUAAAUAGACCAUUCCAGAUGGUGAUCUACCCUUCCCCCCAAUUAUCACAAAAGGAGCUAUAAUCACUAACUUAUUCUUAAUAAUAAUAAUAAUGGUUACCAGUACCUUUACAAUAAUGUUCAAUCCAUUGUUUAAAAUUUAUACCACUUCAGUUUGGUUUGAUCCUAUAAACUUUCAACAGAUGUCUUAAAUUAAAAGCAGGCUGAUUAGUUUGGAACCAGACUUCAAGUAGAGCUAACAUUUGGUGAAUAAGAAAACAUCACAUUACAUUUUGGAUGUAUGAAAGAAAACUUGACCAUUUGAAGAUGUAUGAAUAAAGAAAUGUACUAUAGAUACUACUUUAGGAAAACACUGUUUGUAGUCGUGAAAGAUGCCAAAUUGGCAGAGGCUCACGUUUCUUCUCUUUACACCAAACAGCAGAGAGAGAUCAUCAUUGCCUGAAUUUAGCUUUGUGACUACAACAGCAAGACCUGUUCCUGUCUGGAGACGACUGUUAUAAUAAUAUGAUACUAUCGUUUUAUGUUUGCCCUUUAUCAUUUUGAAUAGAUGUUUACAUGUACCAUAAUUAGCAUUUUAUCUUUACAGUUCUUUUAGGGUACAUCUGAGUCCAGAAGUAAAUCUGAUUGUGUGCUUUGUCUGACCUUAUUCUUAAAUGUUUUCUCCCCUUUAUAGCCAUUUAUUUUUAAACAGUCUAAGAAGGAAAAAAAAGAAAAUCCUCUUGGUUUUCCUAACCUGAGAUAAGUUUUCAGUCUCAGCCAAAUUGAAAUUGUGUCUAGGAAGUCUGUAAAGCCAUGAUACUAUGUUCAUUAGCAUGAACAACUUAGAAUGAUGAAAAUGAUUAAAAAGUUAAACCUUGGUUUGGCUUUAAUUUUCCUGGGUUUUUAGGAUACAUUUCUGGAGUUAGGAUAGUCACUUAAAACAAUUUUGAACAAUUAGUAAAAUACUUUUUUCACAUGGUGAUAACUUGCCUGUUUCUUCUAAAUAUACUUAUUGAAGUCACUGCCAAGGCCACUUACCCAAAUAAUUUUUAAAAAACUCUUAACUCUUCAAAGUAAACAAGGAAAAUAAUUUUCUUUCUUUUAAAGUAGUAUAAAAUGAUCUGUGGAUUGUAGAUAUUGAGAAAUAUCUAUUAAAUGUCUAAUUUACACAGUUUUUCCUUAUUUUCCUCAGUUGCAACCAAGAUAUCAAAGACAAUUUUAAAAGCAAGGGGAAAUAGUGUUGUGUGUCUAGCAUUGUUAAAACUAUAGUUUCCCUGUCUUAAAAGGUGUAUGUCCAUAUCAUUUAUUUAUAAGCAAUAUGGCUUGGAAUUAUUUAUAAAGAGUGUGAUUAAAUUUUAUUCUAAAUAUUCACCCAAAAUACCCUCUUUAUAAUGGGCACCAUAAAGUUUUCAGAAAACUAAUUUCUUAGUAUUCCUUCAUAGAUUCUCAUUAGCAUUUGAGAAGUCGGAAGUUAUACUUGAUAGCAACUCCUUUAGAAAAGUCCAAAUUAUACUUGAUUCUUUUCUCCCUUGUUUUUUGUGGUUUUUUUUAGUUUCAUUCAGCCAUGCUCAUAUUUUCACCUUUUUGUGCAAAGUUAACUAUUCUGCAAGCACUUUUUCUUGAGUAUGCAUUGCAUUUGUCUUCAUGAAAAAAAAAAUGAACCCGUCAGACGUAAUGUAAGUUAUCUAUUUUGAUACACGUUAGUUGGAGACAGCAUGGUUAAUGUAGGCUUGGUUUAAAGGAAGGUCUUGUUAACAUAAUUAUGACCUUAUAGCCUACAGGGCAUUUUAAAACUUGGACUUCUCUUCUAGUUCACAUUUAUGAACAAACAUAUAGUUGCUGGGAGUUCACAAAUAUUUUCCCAGAUUAGUUCAGUAGUUUUUUCUUUUUAAGGAAAGAUUCUCUGCCUGUGUAAUAGAAUAGUUCUAACCUGCUGGGCUAAAAACCCAAAAAACAUUCUCUGAAGGGACCAUACUUGCUGUUAACAGUUUUGGUUGGUUAAUAGAUGUGGAUCAUAUCCCACCGCUCUCAAUUUUAUUUUGUCAUCUUCCUCCCCCCCCCUUGCUUUUAAAUUAAAAACAAACUAAAUUGAACAUGCCAUUGGGAAUCAGAAGUUGAGAUGAUUUAAUUCUCAUUGAGAUCAUUGUACUUUCUGAAAAUUGCUGUGAGAUCUGGUAGGUCAGGUACAUAUUUGAGUUCCCAUAUGUUUAUUAAUUAAAAAUAGGGAUUUUCAUUAUUUCAUUUUCCUGAAGAGGAUUCUUACGGAGCUAUGUGUAGAUAACUGUACAGAAUCACUUUUGUGUAAUUGAGUGAAGCAGUUUACCUCUGCAUGAUUGCAUUAUGGAAGCCUUUUAUAUAUCUUUAUAUUUUUCAAUAUACUUAGAUUUUUACACUAUCAGCUGCCCUAGUCAUGCUAUAUUUGUUUUUUUUUAAUAGAGUUUAUAAAUAUUUGUGCUCAAAAUACAGAUCAAUUGAAUAUUUUUGGUCUUGUUUACAAGAUAAAUAAUACUUUAAAGUGAUGCAGCCCCUCAAGUGUCUUAGGAAAAAGUCAUUGGUGCUACAAAACCUUUCAAUAUCAUUUUCAACCUGUUAUCUAGACUUUGCUAGGCUUAAAUCUAUGAUUGCUUAUAACUUAAUCUAAUCUAGCAGCAUAAUUAUAAAAGUGGUCUGCGGUGAGUCGGGUAAAGAGCCCAGCCAAUUAGAAACAUCCCAUAAUUUAAAGAUAAGAUGGAGAAUGACAUUAUACUAAUUUGUGUCCAGCUUCCCCAAAAGAAAAUAGUUUCUUCAGUUUUUCAUUAGCUCUUUUGAUAAAAGGAGUGGUGUGUUAAUAUGACUAGAAUAAAGAAAAUGAUACAUUCAGCAUGGCUCAGUUUUCCCACAUUUCAAAUGGAAAACUUUUCUAUUCCUAAAAUAUGGUGUAAUCCUGUUCUGCUUUAAAUUCCCAUCUGUCUUUUACUCAACAGGAGGCAGGGUAAUUCUUAAAUAUUUAUAGAACAUUUGAUAAGUUCUAAAGAGAUGUAUUAUUUACAUUGUACAAGUUUUGUGUUGAUGUGCAGAUUGUUUUCUACAUCUGCAAGACUUCAUUCCAGCACCUUAGUGAAUGUUCUUAAGAUACAAUUUUUAAGUAUCAGCAAAGCAUUCAUAGAUGUUUACUUUUGAUUCUCAGAAUCCUGAACCUGUUUUGGGUAUGAUGUUACUUCACAACAUGUCUGGCACAAGAUUUCCUUUAAUAGUGGUUUAGUCUAACUCAAUUUCUGUGGAUUGUUGAACCGAAAAACACCAAAGGAGUUCUUUCUUGUCUGGAGACUGGAUUGUUCCAGUUUUUAAUACCUGUGCCCAUAAGUAUCCCAUUUCACGAAUGUGUGUUGGCAUGGGGGGAAAAUUCCCUGCUCUUUGAGUGGAGCGAAAGUAAUUGGUUAAGCUGUAGCAGCUUUUUUUGUUUAUUUUUUAAAGUGAUAAUAAAACUUGAACUGAAAAUGGUAAAACUUGAACUAGAAAACUACUCUUGUAUGCUUAGAAUGUUUAUAGUAUUACGUGUUUAUGUGAGGUUGUCAACAUUUUUAUUAUUUAUAGUUGAAUUAUGUUUUGUUUGUUAAAUAUCCAUAAUGUUUAUUAUUUUUAUAUUUUGAAAAAUUUUAAAAUAAAAUAGUCUUACUAAAAGCA